CUACUCACUACUCAGAAACCCAUCUGAUCUUCCAAGGCCGAAUUCCUUCAAGGCACCCUCUCCCUCUUCCCUGCGUGUAGUCCAUUCCACCUUUAAAAUGGCAGUCAACAUGCACGACCACCUCGCAAUCCGCAACGUCCUCUCGCGCUACUGCGAAGCGCUGGACACCAAGAUCUUCGACCUGCUCGACAAAGUCUUUGUGCCCGGCGUUGUCGCAAACUAUCCCUUCAACACUGACAUGAAGGGCGUGGAUACUGUUAGAGAUGCUAUUAUAAAAAGGCUAGGCCCAAUUCGCACACAUCACGACCUAACUACCCAAACAAUUAUAUUCGGCCAAGACGGCAAGACGGCAAACGCAGUCACCUACUUCAUCGGCAAUCAUCUAGGUCAGGGGCCCCAUCAAGGCAAAGUGCUCUCCGCAUACGGCCGCUAUGUCGACGAGCUUGUUUGUUUCGAUGCGAAAGACGGCGACUACGAGGGUGUGCAAGGCGCCAGCGGGAUUUGGCGCAUCAAGAGGAGGACGGUGUUAUUCUCAGGACGGAUCGGUGAUGAGAAAAUUAUGAGUGAGUAUUGAAGCGCUAGUUGCUCGCUUGUGGGAGUGAGGGGAUUGGGUUUAUUUGUAUUUAUUUGAUACAGUGUGAUGGGAUUAAAGAGACGCUGUGAAGCGAAGCUACGCAUUAAGACUGGGCUUGUAGGUAGCCGGAGGAAAGAUGCAAGUGAUGCGCAUUGCCAAUGAAAUCGCGGGUAUCGCAGAGAAGGAAAUGUCCAAAGAAAGUCCAAG